AACGCUACCUAAACGGAGGUGGCUCACCGCCACUGAGCACUACCAAGAAUGGCGUUCAGAUUAGCGUUACUGAAGCGCACCGGCGCAGACUCCGGUUCCGUUUUGGGGCUGAGGAGGUGGGUUCAUGCUUCAGCUCUCCCUCCACCGUUGGACGCUCCCAUGAGUCGGCCCACCGCAUCGCAGCCGUUGGUUUUGCCCGAGUCUGAUCAAAUCCCAGACAGCAACAGUAAUAAAGACAUCUGGUUCGGAUUCGGGUUUCCAAGUUUCGUUUUUGGAGGAUCCAUGGAGCUCAUGGCUGUCCCCAAGAAGAAAGUGAGUCGCCAUAAGAGAGGCAUAAGAAAUGGACCCAGAGCUUUGAAACCUGUUCCUGUGAUUAUUAGAUGCAAGAGCUGUGGUCGAGUUAAGUUGCCACACUUCUUCUGUUGCAGUGGAGAUCGGGGCAAGGAGGGUGAACAAGGUGACUCAUCUGGUUAAGCAUGUUGUGUCUGUUGGUGGGAAAAUAGAGAUAAACAAGUAGUUUUUCCAUUUUUAUGAGUAAAACUUUUUAUGGAUGUCAUGUAUCCAAAUUUUCUUGUAGAAAUCUAGGUUGGACAAAGGUUGAUCCCUGUCAGUCAAUAUGUUUUGCUUUGUGAUAUGUUAACUGGUGCAUUUGGGGCUGUUGGCAGAUCAAUCUAAUUACGUGACUAUGUUAGCAAGUAUAGCCCAUUGGGUGUAAUUGCAUAACAGGAUGCGUAGUGUUCAA